AUGAAAUCAGUCAAGUUACUGGCCUCUGUGGAUAUCUCCACAAAUUCCGGUCCAAAUCCUUUGUAUGAUGAUGACGAUGAUGAUAGUCUCCAACAGUUCCUUCAUUAUUGUCAUCUUACCUCAAAUGGGCAAAACAUUUUGAGUGAAUUAACUAAACUGCCUCCACAAACAGGCCGCAUCAUGGAAUUCUAUGGUGUUGGUGCUUGGGAAUAUGAAAGAAUAGAAGAACUGCUAGGAAAGACAGGCUGGAUAUCCAAGCCCAGGACACUCUAUCGCAGCACUUCCUUACAAUCACAAUACAAUAUAUCCGAUGUUACACCUGAUAUUUGUAUCACCAUCACACCAGCAGAGGGUCCUACCAAAAUCAUAUUAGUUCCAUUCAUCGGGGAGUGUGCCUGCUCUGAGGACAAGGACCAUUCCAUCCACAAACUCAAAGACACCAUCACUGGUCAUCCUCACGCCGAGAUGGCCGUCCUUGGGCUAGUCUGCGAAGUGCAACCCUACAACUGUCCCAAGAAAAGUUCUCCUGCAUCAAAUACCUUACACAAACACAAUGAAGUUCUUCCACUUGACACCUUCAUCACCGAACACUUCCCAUCAUGCACCUCUAUCACAGUCGCCAAUCAUAAUUGGUGCCACAUCAGUUCAGUGGAGUUUUUCAUCUGGGUUCGGGGAGAUGAUGAAACUGAUAUCAACCUGAGUAAACAAGAUGCCGAACAUAUGGCGCAGGGUUCCCCGAUCUUGAUCCAGACAUUAUUGCCCAACAUCAACAUGGAUGCUGUCAUAGCUAUGUUGAAGCAGGGAUUAGCAAAGAUUAGAGAUAGUUUUGUUGCAUUCUCCAAAGAGCUCAACCCCAACAUUGACUGCGCCAAACUUGAAGAAGCCAUUGUCACAUUUCCUGUCAGGUGGAAGGACUACGUCAUAGCAUUGAGGAAUGCCGCGGAUGUUACCGCCUGGAUGAGGUACAAGGCUUGGCACGAAGGGGUCAUCAGCGACGAGGACUCAGAUCCCCCAUAUGUACCCUCAAAUGCAGCAGAAGCAUCAGCACAUCAAUGUACCAAGGAUAUAAUUUUUGAAUGGAGACAUUAUGGAAGGGGACUGGUUGGGCAGUCGAGCAGAAGCAUAGGGGCGGAUGCGGAUGAUGAUUGGAUGGAGCGGAGGAUGGAUGGAGUGGAGGUGGUCGGAAAGCGGAGCGGAUAUUAG